AUGGCCGAAGCUCGUUGUGCCGUGGAAGAACCUAGAAUAUCCCAUGUUAUUUCUGAAGAGGAACAGAAGCGUGAUAUAUUCCAGGAAUGGAAGCGUUCGCUUGCACGUCGCUUUUACAGAACACGAAAUUUGAUAUACAAUGGGUUAUGGCCUACCUCCCUAUACAACCUUGCAGUGGUGGUACUGCUGUUGUCUUGCUGUAUGAUCUGGGACUGGGAAUUCUGUAAAGGACUCACCUCCAGACUCUGGGGUCUAGCUGAUACUCUGUCUAUACCUGUAGGUUUCCCUGUUGUAAUUAGAGCAUUCCUAACAAGUUGUGUGGCAGGAUUCCUCUUCUUCGUUGCUCUAUUGUACAUGCGAAGAUUCAUGCUUCGAACUCUACUCUCAUACUCAGGAUGGAUAUACGAGCAGCCAAAGACACAGUCAGCGACCACUAUACUCUGGGGUCUGGCUGUACGCUGUGUAUUUGGUUACCACCCUCUCCUAUACAGUUGUCAGCAGUCUCUACCCAGGAUGGGUGUGCCAUCCCUUGGUCAAACACUUGACACCCUCAUCCUCUCUCUUAAACCCUUGUAUGGUGAGGACACAGAAAAGUGGGAGAAGAUGACAAAAGAUCGUCAGGAUUUUGAAAAGAAUCUCGGCCCAAAGUUACAGAGAGUUUUGGUGCUGAAAUCAUGGUGGGCCCAGAACUACGUCUCUGAUUGGUGGGAGAAAUAUGUUUAUCUGAAAAGUCGUAGUACUUUACUGAUCAAUAGUAACUACUAUAUCAUGGACCAGAGCUACUGGAUUGGGUCCAAAAUACAGGUCGCCAGGACAGCUAAUUUAAUGCAUCAAUUCCUGACUUUCAAGCAGCUUAUUGACCAUGAACGACUUGAGCCACUGGUCAUCAGGAACACAAUACCUAUCUGUAUGGCACAGUAUGAAAAGGUUUUCUCCACAACACGAAUCCCUGGAGAAGAUUGUGAUUCCUGGCUCCAUUGUGAUUCAACAGAAUCCAAGCAUGUGGCAGUCCUGAGGAAGGGCCUUAUAUACAAAGUUAGUGUGUUUGAUAAGAAGGGGAAACUACUCACACCUGUCCAGCUGGAAAAACAACUUGACUGGAUCAUUAAAGAUGCAGAUGUGCAAACAAGUACCAUCAGUGAAUCAGAAAAGAGCAUUCCUGCCCUGACUGGGAUAGACAGGACAUCUUGGUACAAAAUCCGUACCCAGUAUUUCUCAGAGGGCAUCAACAAGGAAUCUUUGGACACUGUGGAGAAGUCUAUUUUGUUUGUAAGUCUACAAGACUGUUCCUAUGAGGAUCUGACUGAGCGAGGAAAACAUCUACUUGGUGGAACAGGUACAUCAGUAUGGUUUGAUAAAUCUAUCAACAUUAUAACCUUCCCCAACGGACGAUUCGGUCUCAACUGUGAACAUUCCUAUGCAGAUGCACCGGUGAUUGGUCACCUCUCAGAAUUCAACAUGACCAAUGAAAUAUCUGAUGAUCCAUACCUGCCAGAUGGUCAUUGUAAGCCCCAGCCAGGAGAUGAAACAUUUCAGGAGAGAACCAUGCCCACACAACUCUUGUGGGAUAUAGAAGAAUCACUAGCUUCUGUCAUUAAAGGGGCAGUCGGAACAGUCACAAAGGCAAUAGACGACCUUGACCUUUGUGUUAAGGACCAUGAUUCAUAUGGUAAAGGAUUCAUGAAGACAUGCAAGGUCAGUCCUGAUGCAUACAUCCAGAUGGCGCUACAAAUCACGUAUUUUAAGAAUGCUGGAAAGUUUGCUUUGACGUAUGAAUCGUCCAUGACACGUUUCUAUCUCAAUGGUCGCACGGAAACUGUGAGGUCACUGACAUGUGAAUCUGCUUCUUUUGUAAGAGCAUUCAGAGAUCCCACAGUGGAUAGAGAAGAGAAAUUGAAGCUGUUCAGGAAGGCAUGUACAGUUCAUCAAAAGAUGUACCGGGACGCCAUGACAGGGCAGGCCAGUGAUCGACAUCUCUUCGCUCUCUAUGUUGUUAGCAAAGGACUAGGAUAUGAGUGUGACUUUCUGAAAAAUGCAUUAACACUUCCUUGGACACUGUCCACUAGUCAACAGCCACAGCAGCAGAUAGCUCGUAGUCCUGACUGUAACCUACCACAGUACAAAGACAUGCUGUGCCCGGGCGGAGGAUUCGGUCCCGUGUCAGACGAUGGCUACGGUGUGUCUUACAUGAUACCAGGCGACAAGAAAGUGUUUUUUCAUGUUUCUGCCAAAAACUCAACACCAGGAACAAGCGCCAGUAAAUUCAUGGAUCAAUUGUUUGAAACUCUCCAGGAAAUGAGGGAAAUGUUUUCCGAUAAAAAUGGAACAUCAUGA